GGGUGGACACUACAUUUUGCAAAGUCAUUGAAUGCUGAGUUCACUUUCAUUCCAAGGGAAGCCAUGCAGGAUGAAGAUGGAUACGUCACCUUAAAUAUUAAAACUCAAAAACCAGCUCUCACUUCAGGUGACCCUGCUUCCUCCUCUUUGUGGCGUGUGAUGGCUUUGAUUCUGCUGAUCUUGAGCAUGGGGAUAGCUGCUGGGCUGGUGGCUCUGGGGAUUAUGUCUGUCACGCAGCAAAAGUACCUACAAGCUGAGAACGAACAUCUCUCAGGAACUCUGAAACAAUUAGCAAGGAAGUUCUGCCAAGAUUUACUACAACAAUCAGGACAAAAGGAAAGCCAUAAAUGCAGCCCAUGUGACAUAAACUGGAGAUAUUAUGGAGACAGUUGCUAUGGAUUCUUCAGGCACAACUUGACAUGGAAAGACAGUAAGAAGUAUUGUGCUGAUGUAAAUGCUACUCUUCUGAAGAUCACCAGGGAGGACACGCUGCAAUACAUCAGUAGCAGGACUGGAUUAAUUCGUUGGGUUGGAUUGUCCCGCCAGAAACCCAGUGACGUCUGGAUGUGGGAAGACGGCUCAGUUCCCUCCAAAAAUUUGUUCAAGCUUUCUGGAACUGCAACAGAAAAUAUGAAUUGUGCUUAUUUUCAUAAUGGGAAAAUUCACCCUACCUUCUGUGAGAACAAACAUUAUUUAAUGUGUGAAAGGAAGGCAGGCAUGGCAAAGGUGGACCAACUACUUUAAUGCAAAGACAUGCACAGCACGUCACAGACAAGUGCUCGAUGGUACAAUAAGAGAUCUGGAUGAAGGAAUCACUGGCCAUAGAAUUGCUUAUUUUUCCCUUUAUUCCCCUUAGAGUGACCUUUACAUUAUCUUUCCUACCAACACCACUUAGUUCCUUCUUUAUAUAACCCUUUAUACUGAGGAAUAACUUAGUGCCUUCUUUAUACAUCCAGAAACCAGUCUAUGAGCUGAUUAUUUCCCAAUGGUUCCAUUAAUUAAUUUCCAUUAAUUUUCAUUCUUCUUGUCUUCCAUUCCUAAUUAUCUCAACAUGCUAUGAUUCACUGCAUCUCCAGACAUAAACAUAUACAUUUUACAUUGAAACAAGAAAGGUUAGCGCUUAAAUGACUUAAGCUGUGUAAAAUAUCUAAGUCUGAGACUAUGCAAAAUAUCUAAGUUUGAAAGACAGCAUAAAGUAGUGGAAAGUAUACUAAACUUGGAGUCACUAGAAUAAUUUCGAUGGCAUGAUCACUCAAGUACAACCAUGGCUCAAUCAUGUUGCCUCUUAACUUCCAUUUUCUAGUAUUUAAAAUAGGAUAACACCUGUCUUAUAUACCUCACAGUUCCACAACCUAAAAUAAAAACUUCAAAGUAUUAAUUAUAUCAGAAACUCCAUGAAAGCAAACCCCAUGACUUUCUUAUUUUCUAUUCUAUGCCAGCAAGCACAGCUCCUGGUUCAUAGGAAACAGAAAAAUAUUUGCUUCUCUUUGUGUGAGACAGUUCAUUAGGAAGCACAGCAAUCAGUAAAACACUAUACAGAUAUAAUUUCUAUUCCAAGCCCCCCUAUGGUCAGACUCAAGAGCAGUAAUUUUCUGUCCAAGAGAAGGAAAAUAAAGUUUGCAAGAAAACUGACGGGGUUUGAAAAUGAGUAAAUGCUUUUUAACAAGUUGCACAGGCUAGUGGAACAGCAAGCAAAAAUGCUUUAUAUAGUUCUUUUCCUGACAGCUCUGUGUUUGGCUUUUGCUGAGUAACUCAUGCAGUAUUUAUAGAUAUGUGGAGAGGCACCCUUUAGCAGGAUAAUAGGCAAAAAUUUCAUUUCUUUUCACAGCUUCCCCGAAGGUACUCUUUCUCCUUAAAUUCGUGGCAAUAAAAUUUAUGAACAUGA